GGCGCUUUUGUUCGGGCGGCGGCGGCGGAGACGGGGCGGACAUGGCGUUUGUACCGGGACAGCCGGUGACUGCUAUCGUGCAAAGAAUUGAAAUACAUAAGCUUCGUCAAGGUGACAAUUUGAUUUUGGGAUUCAGCAUUGGGGGUGGCAUUGAUCAGGACCCUACUCAGAAUCCUUUCUCUGAAGACAAGACUGACAAGGGUAUCUAUGUAACAAGGGUGACAGAGGGAGGCCCAGCAGAAGUUGCAGGACUCCAGAUUGGAGAUAAGAUCAUGCAGGUGAAUGGCUGGGAUAUGACAAUGGUGACCCAUGACCAGGCCAGGAAGAGGCUGACCAAAAGGAAUGAGGAGGUGGUACGGCUGCUGGUGACCAGGCAGUCCCUGCAGAAGGCUGUGCAGCAAUCCAUGAUGUCCUAAUCCAUCAUCCAGCUGGGGAAGGGGUGGGGAGGGAGAUGUAGAGACUGGUAUCAAAGAAAGAAGCAAAUACUAGACUGGAACAGGUUGUCUGGAAGGAGUGCAUGUUCCUACCUGUGGUAAAUACUACUUUUUUGUUUUAACUUCUUCUGGUGUAACUGGCAGUAGUAAAACAAUGCUCCCCUCAGCAGAGUGCUUCUCUAAAGUCUGCCUUGCAGGUACAUGGCGAGACUUUUGUAAUCAUGGSUUUCAGGACAGGACAGACCUAAAAGCAACUGGAAAAGCCUUAACUUGGAUAAGAUUCUUCUGUAGCACGAAAGACUCCUAUUUUAGGGGGGAARUGUGGUUUCUGCUGUGGGAGACCAGAGGGUUUGCUGUGCCUAAGCUUUUAGAAGCRAGCUGUCCUGUCCCCACAAUUAUCWAAUUCAAAUGCCAGAGUUAAGAGUUGCACGGUGCUGGGGGGAAGAGCACUGUCCUAAUCCCACAGUGUGUGCAAGAUAGAGAGUGGCUGAAGGGUUUGGGGCAUUACAGUUUCCUGCAAAGAUUCCCUGUACAAAGCAGCCUCUUCAGGAGAGAAACAAUUGAGUGACACAGCAGUGUCAGUGAAAUACAUUACAACUUCAUGGGCACUCACUGGCAGAGCAAAACCUGAAUUCUCCUUGUACCAUCAGAUGAAUUGAGUUUAAAUUAAAGGAAUAUAGGGCAGGAAACAAAAYAAUGUUCCCGAACUUACCAGUAAUGCUGCUUGUAGCUGUAGAGUUUUCAGUUCAUUCCACUUCUAUCAGACUUGAAAUGGAAGGGAUUUUGGUUUGUCUUUUAAAAGACUUUGCUUAAAUCACUGAUUUAUGGAAUGGAAGAGAUGAAUAUGCCAGURAUUUGCAGAAGUGCCUCUUGACCAAAUUUAAACUCCUAGUAGGGUACUAAGUGGUUUAAAUCAACAUGCCACAGGACUGAARGUUCUUGCUGCAACUCUAAGUCCACAAUCUAGCAUCCUGUGGUUUGUUAGCCAGUUAGCUUUACAAUUAUCCAAAAACUGGAGUUUUUAAUCCUCUUCAGUUCAUCUAUACAUAUCUAYACUUUCCUUAGGCAGCCUUCACAUAAGCUGUUGUAAAUAGAGCAUGAGGAGGUGGCAGACUAACUUAUUCAGUACAUUACUGCUGUGCCAUGUACGUUGUGAUUGAUGCAUCUCAGACUGUUCUGUGCACACCAGCAGAUGCCUACUGACCAAUUUUAUAUCUCUGGAAUURCUACAAUCCUGCUUUGAAAUUUUGUAACUUAAGAAUUCAGUGGUAAAUUUUAAGUYUUUCAAGUUGGAGUUAUUUUUGUUACUAUAAAGAUACACUGCUAUUUGUACUGCUUUUUCACUUGAUUUUACACACAAUAAAACAAAGUUGGUUUUCCUGAGCUGUUUCUCUUUAUAUUUAAGAGUGCCACAUCACCUGGAUGUCUCCAGCUGGCCUUUUUUUUU